CGAUCACUAAUCCUUCCUCUCCAAAUUAGCAUCGAUUUCGAUCUCAUUAGCUCGCUGAUUGAUAUCGAACAGUUGCCUUGAUCAUGGGAAGGCCAAUGGCAGCAAAGCUACUGCUCAUGCUGUGCUUGAUCGCUCUGACGACGUGCUCGCUCUCCCCGCGCCGCGCGGCGGCGCUUCGCGUGCACGGCCUCCGGCGAGGUCUAGAGCAAGCCACGCGCGGCCGCCUCCUCGCCGACGCGACGGAAGGAGGCGCCGUCGUGCCUAUCCACUGGUCCCAGGCCGAGCUGAACUACGUGGCGAACUUCACCGUCGGCACGCCGCCUCAGCCGGCGUCGGCGGUCAUCGACCUCGCCGGGGAGCUCGUGUGGACGCAGUGCAAGCAGUGCCAGCGCUGCUUCGGGCAGGACCUGCCGCUGUUCGACCCGGCCGCGUCGAGCACCUACCGGGCGGAGCCGUGCGGCACCGCGCUCUGCGAGUCCGUCCCGAAGGACAGCCGCAACUGCUCCGGCAACGUGUGCACGUACGCGGCAUCCACCAAUGCCGGGGACACCGUCGGGAAGGUGGGCGUCGACACGUUCGCCGUCGGGACGGCCAAGGCGAGCCUCGCCUUCGGGUGCGUCGUGGAGAGCGACAUCGACACCAUGGGCGGGCCUUCCGGGUUCGUCGGGCUAGGGAGGACGCCGUGGUCGCUCGUCGCCCAAACGAACGUCACCGCGUUCUCGUACUGCCUGGCGCCGCACGACGCCGGUAAGAACAGCGCGCUGUUCCUCGGCUCCUCCGCCAAGCUGGCCGGCGGCAACAGCGCCUCGACGCCGUUCGUCACCACCUCCGGCGACGACCUCAGCAACUACUACAAGAUCCACUUGGAAGGGCUAAAAGCCGGCGACGUGGUGAUCCCGCUGCCGCCGAGCGGCAGCACCGUCCUCCUCGACACCUUCUCGCCGGUCACCUUCCUGGUCGACGGAGCCUACCAGGCCGUGAAGAAGGCGGUGACGGCUGCCGUGGGCGCUUCACCGACGGCGACGCCAGUGGAUCCCUUCGACCUUUGCUUCCCGAAAGCGUCGGCCAGCAGCGCGCCGGACCUCGUGUUCACGUUCCAGGGCGCCGCCGCGCUGACGGUGCCGCCGUCGAACUAUCUGCUGGAUUACAAGAACGGCACGGUGUGCCUCGCCAUGCUGAGCUCGGCGCGGCUAAACUCGACGGAGCUGAGCGUCCUGGGAAGCUUGCAGCAGGAGAACUUCCACAUGCUCUUCGACCUCGACAAGCAGACGCUCUCCUUCCAACCUGCAGACUGCAGCAAACUCUCUUCUUAAUCAAUCAAUCAAUCAAUCAGUCAGUCAGUAUUUUUAUGUAUGUAUUUGUACUUCAGAAUAACGCAGACAGUCGGCAUGAACUGCUCUGUGAGCUUCUAUGGUGACAGUAUUUUAAUGUUAAUCUGCAAAUAAAACUCCAUUCAGUGGCGAUCUGUAUUUCGAUUAA